AUGGGGACUGAUGCGAGGCGCCUCACGCCCUGCUCCGGCGGGAGUGUCUCCGCCCUCCUCGGCCUUCUGCUCCUGGCGGCGGCGGCCACCUCUCAGGCCGCCGCCAUCCGUGACCCAACGUCCCCGGCCGCCACCCAGGACGCGCCGCGCCCUGCCAUUACCGCGGCCAGUGUGCAUCACGCGGCGCCCCUCAACAGCUCCGCGCACCCAGUCCCUCUGGCCAGGGACGACGUUUCCUACCGCCAACUGUGCAUCACCAAGGUGAGAUGGGCGCCGCCGCCCCCGCACGUGGACCGUGACCUGGACCCCCUGCAUAGAUACUUGCCUCCGGCGUGGUCCACUCCUACCGCGGAUGAGGGUGCGGCGCCCGCCACUCGGGUGGGGUCUUCGCUACCCGAUGGAUGCCACGACGUGGGACGCGUGGGCCACAAGACGCUGCGGUGCACGGGCGCGCACAUGACGCAAGUCCCGGACUUGUCGCUGGAGCGCAACGUGGACUCGCUGGUGUUCGUGGAGACGGGCAUCCAGGUGGUGAGUGACGUACACCACCUGCCGCGGUCCGUGCGUGACCUCACCUUCUCCCGCGGCCCCCUCGUCACCUUCAACGGCCUCAGGUUCUACCAGAUUUCUGGCCUGGACUCCCUCACGCUGGAGCACAACACGCUCAGCACCUGGAGCUUCGUCACCGCCUUCUACUCCCCCGACGCACCCAAGAACGCCACCAUCAGGACCCUGCGCCUGCAGCACAACCUCAUUACCUACCCGCCAGAGCCCAUGGGAAGCAACGAGUCAGUACUGCCGCUGCUGGAAACCCUCGUCAUGAGCAACAACCCUAUGAGUAACCUGCCAGGCAACUUGUUCCUGCCACUCUGGGCUAGCAACCUCACCACGCUGCUCCUCAGAGACUGCUCCCUAUCCCAGUUCUACGGAUCACCACUGGAACCCGUGUCAGGCAUACAAGUGCUGGACCUAAGCAACAACCCUGGUCUGUCCAACGAAGAGCUACACGAGUUGUUUGAGCCGCUGAGCCAAGGCCGCCUGAGGGAGCUGUACCUGGCCAACAACAACUACGUCACUGUACCGACUGAGGCGCUGAGAGUGGUAAGUGGCGGCCUGGAAAAGCUGGAUCUUCACGGAGCGGCCUUCCAGUGCCUCGACAACACCUCCUUCCCGCUCCUGCCGCGCCUCAAGGAACUCAACCUUAUGUACUGUCGCAUUGCAGCGAUCCGUCCACAUUCCUUCGAGGUCUUCCCAGUUCUCGAAAUUCUUCAUCUGGACGGCAACUCGCUCAUCACCAUUCCAACUGAGAUCCUGCUACCCACACUCAAGGUGCUGACGAUGAACGAUAACCCGAGGAGCACAGGUGACGAUAGCGUGGAGGCCUUCAGCAUGGACUACGUGGACUUCGGGCACAUGGAGAAGCUCACCAACGUCACUUUCAACGGGGUCCCGCUCGGCUACGUGGAGAAACAGUACUUCAAUGACCUGCGCGGCCUGCUGGACUUCAGACUGACCUCGUGCAAGAUUAAAUACAUCGAGGCUUUCAGUUUCGUGAACCUGACGCGGCUGCAGCGCCUCUACAUCAACAACAACGAGCUGGAGGUGUUGCUCAACGACACCUUCGCAGGACUGGUGUCACUCACCCACCUGGACCUCUCUGGCAAUAAGAUAACCUUCCGGGCCACCUUCGACAUCUCGCGGUCGCCUGGGAUGCCUGCCCCCACCGGCGGGAAGGAGUCGCGCGCCUUGUCGCUUCUAGACCUACCCAUGGUGGCGGCAUCGUGGGUACAAAGUGGCGGCGGGGAACGUAGUGUCCACACUGGAAGGGAAACAGCUGUGAGGGAGCCACACUCACAACUACCGUGCCUUCCCUUCGAGGGCCUGUCUGCACUGCGGCACCUUGACUUAUCCAACAAUGGGAUCCGUUACAUGACAGAGAGUCACUGGAGGAACCUGCAGCAGCUGGUGACGCUGUCGCUGAUGAACAACAAUGUGCAGGAGUGGUACUACCCGGUGUUCCACAACCUGAGCCGCCUCAGCCAGCUGGUGCUGUCCUACAACUCGCUGAGCCUGAUCACUGAGGCAAUGCUGGAGGACUUCUCGCUGGCUGGCCUGACUGUGGUGGAUUUGAAGCACAACCCCUUCCAGUGCGGCUGCUCCCUCGCCAGUCUCAACGGCAGCAUCAACACAUCCAUCUUCCUGGACUUCUCCUCAUACAGCUGCUCGCAGGAAGGCCACGACUUGUCUUUUGAAGAAUUUAUUUCCACCGCUGUCUGUCCGUCACACGCCCAGGACGAGAACGUGGUGGACAAACCAGCCACUGGAAAGACCGAAAUUAUUCUCAUUUCUGUCUCCAUACUGUUCUCUGUCAUUACCUCCGUCACCCUGUACCGCAAGCGAUGGUACCUGCGUUACUUGGUGUACAAAGUGAAGAUGAAGACUGACCAGCACAAGGAGGACGCCGACCACUACCUGUACGACAUCUUCGUCUGCUACUCCCAGGCGGACCGCCAGUGGGUCUUUGAGCACCUGGUUGCCAGACUGGAGGACGGGGGCAGGUACCGCGUGUGUGUGCACGAGCGGGACUUCACGGUGGGCCAAGAGAUAACGGAAAACAUCAUCAACUCAGUAGAUCGCUCCAGGAAGGUGUUGGUGGUGCUGUCCCCGGCCUUCGUGGACAGCAGCUGGUGCAUGCUUGAGCUGCAGUUGGCCAGCCACAAGAUUCUAGAUGAAAGAAGGAACAAGCUGAUCCUGGUGCUCCUUGAGGCCCUGCCGUCCCACAGCCAGCCAAAGAAACUGCGUUUCCUUCUCAGGAGCCGCACUUACCUGGCCUGGCACGGAGAUCCCGAGGGUCAGCGGCUUUUCUGGGUACGGCUGCAGCGAGCGGUGACCAAGCCUACGGCAAGUGAGAUCCUUGAGUUCACCCACAUGUAGCUGUUACAAGGGAACAAGCGCUCCUGACCGCUCCACGAACCAUGCUGUUGGUGUGUCCACUUCCUCCUGAGGCAGAGUGAUCGACAAGCGUUUUGUUGUUGGUUCUAUGAAUUCAAAGCUUCGGCACAUAGGCUACAUAAUUAUGUCCCUUAGGAGCAGUGGGAAGCUACACUUCCUCAUCUAGUCUUAUCUUCGGGGUUUUUAAAUUCAAGGUGCAAAAUAAUGAAUCUCAGUAAUUAGAGCACCGGGCCGUUGCCCAGCCGCGGGAGAACUGCGCAGGGUCGCCGCUCCGCGCGGCUCAUUACUCGACUACUGCGCCAGGUCUACACGUCAUGUCAGCAUGAAUCCUUUCCUGAAACUAUGAGACUCAUAACGUUAAGGAUUGUGUGCUGAUACAUCGCCUGUGUCUGUCCAUUUGUUUGUCGUGCCAUGAGGCAGCUUUGUAAUGAGGCCUCGUACCAAGCACAUACUGGUCAGUCGGUCUGGUUAACCCAACACUGCUCAACACGGUGCCAGGACAGGGUCAGGGACUCGAGGUGGCCAGCCGUCAGCCUCUCUCGCUCUGCCAUAAAACUGCUUUGUAUGUACUAUACUCAUUAUUGGUGACUUAAGUUUGACCGGCAGGUGAGGAGGCAGGCAUAGCAGGAGCCUUCCUCGGCCACUGGAAGCUGUCACUGGCACUGUGGCACUGGCGGCGCUUCAUGCAGUGCUCAGCGGCGGAUACAGGGCGGGGGAGGGGGGAAGGGGGCUAAAGCCGCCUCAAUUUUUUUUAUUACAUAGAAAUAGUUUUGUAUAACUUAAAAAUGUCCUCGAUUAAUAUUUUCAGAAGUUUCUGGUGAGGCACGGGCUUGUUUAUAGCAUCCCUCCCAACCCCCAGUUGAUCAUUAUACUCACCACCAGUCUCAAGGGGUACAGGAAUUCAGGUUACCAAUAAAUAAAUAAAUAAUAAUAGUAAUAAUAAAAUUAUUCUGAAUCCGCCACUGACAGUGUCCACUGCCGGCGCCAUUCCCAUGAGUGCGGCGCCGCCCACCUGUGCCUUUCCCUCUGAGCGUAUUCCGGAACUUUGGCUUCCUGUAACCUGCAGCCAAACUUAGACACAACGUGAAGGAGGCCGCGCCGGUGUGGGCUGUGUUGAGCAGCAUGUCCACGCGUCAUGCAUGUUGUGCACUGCCACCUUUGUGGCCAAGGAAACUAAGUUUUACCUGACAAUACUUAUAUUAUUCUAUGAUAGGUGUAUCUAAAUAAAAGUUUAUCUGGG